UUGUGUUGGCGCUGGUUUUCCACCACGAUUACGUGUAAACAAACCAUUUUUACAGACUGAAAAUACAAAAAAGUUCGCGUUACAGUGUAAACAGUGUUAAAUAAAACAAAGUAAGACUUACGCAUGCAUGUGAUUUUAGUUGUUAUGCCGCGGUGACGAAAUUAUUGUAGUAGAACACCCCCUGCGCUGUUUAUAGUGACUUGGUAGAAAAGUUCGGUGGAAACUACCCUUAUGAAUAUAUGAGAGCAGGGGUGUUUGUUGGAAAAUUUGAACGUUGUUGAUUGUGCACCGGUUCUCAAGCAGAUAAUAAGUUACUGAUGAAUGGGAUCCACUUUAACCAAAUCUAGUCGUGUAAGUCCAAACCAGAAGGCUGAGGAUCAUCUAGAAAAUACGAGAGAAUCAGCUCAGAGGGAUGCUGACCGCGAACGUCGUUUGCGUGCCGACAGCGAGACCAGGGCAAAGCAGGCACUCCAAGAGGCUGCCCGCUGCAGGUCUAGGCUCAAAAUUCUCACCACCGAAUUCCAAAGAAUGGAAGAAACUGUUCGUGCAAUGCUCGCUUACAAAAAACAUGCUGAACAACUUCGACAAGAAAAAGCUGCAUUGACUUUAGCGUUUGAGAACCGCUGCCAACAAUAUCAAAGCACGAUAAGCCGUCUGAAUACGGAAAUAACAACUUUACGCCAGCAACUCGAACAAGCGGGCAGAGACAAUAAUCCCGAAGGAAUCCUCCAGGCGCACGCUGCGGCGUUGCAACGACAGGCCGAAGAGUCCAGAAAACAAUACGAGAGAUGUCUGGACGAUGUCGCUAAUCAGGUGGUUAGAGCUCUGUUGACACAAAAAGGUUUGAAGGAAGAAGUCAACUGCCUACACAGCAAGAUCCAGGAACUCGAAACGCAAAAUCAAGCUUUAGCAUCCAUGUUGGUCCAUCAGCUACGCAGUGACAGUCCCGAUAACACUCCUAACUUGGAAGCCUUCUCCAAGCAAUGCUUCCUUGACCAUAACCGACCAUGUUUUCUGGAGGACAAGAGGCAAAGAAACAGCAGCGACAGUUCGGUCGAUGCAUCAUCUCCGGUCUCCCUCACGAGUCUUAACGUCAAACACUGCAACUCCUUCAAUUCGGAGGUUUUGGAGGAAAGUCCUAGCGACAAUUGUGAUAACGAAAUAGUUUCUAGUGCCGAUAAAAGGCUGUCAGCGGAUACAGCUAAUAUUUUAGAUACACGACUGUCAUUAGAAGAUAAAAAACGCCAUCAAAUCCUAACGAAAUUAUGGACUGAACUAAAGGGUACCGAAGUUACCCCCAAAAGACUUUUAGAAGCUCUAAGUGCAGUAGAUUCCGCCUUGUGGGUACCUCCUAAACGACCCGUUUCCUUAAAUUUACACUUGCCCAUUUUGCACACGACAAAAUAUCGGAGAUCCAGACCCGUAUUAGCACAAUCAACAUCGAAAAGCGAAGAAGAAACGACGGGGAACGAGUCACCGGAGAGUGGGAAUAGAGAUGAAGGUUAUUCGACAAUGUCUUCCGACGUCCAAGCUGACGUCACCAGGGGAUCAGGAGAUGCAACUUUGCCAAGAAGAGGAUUAGAAGAUUUGAAAGAAGCUAGUGAUGAAACUGAUGUGUCCGACAAUAGGCUGUUGGUGAGCGAUAACAAGGAUCCUGAUAUAUUGUACAUUCCGCUGAAUCUUUUGAAUCUCAACCAAAGAAAUAGUUUUCCCCCAAGUAAAGAUAUCCUGCCUUUUCAACACAUAAUGCGAAGCUUCUCGGAUUCACACCUUUGCAUCAAAAUUACGACAGCACCCUCCCCAUGCUACACCUUCAGUUCGCCAAUCUCCAGUAGUCCGUCUAUUUUUUUAGUAGAUAUUACCGAAAAGUCAAUAAAUCCCUUGAGGAGGACGAGAGGAACAAGUACGUUAUGGGGCAACUCGACCAAUCUGGAAAUCUGCGCCGAAGACGCCAAGUCUCCUUUAUCUUGGUCAAGCGGUGCAGACGACCGCCUCGAAUGUACAGCGUGGGAUGCGGAAUACAUCCAACAUUGGUUGAAGCUGGACGAGACACGAUCCACGUUGCAGCAGCAACAUAGAGACAUGCUGGAACUGGAAUACGAUCGCGCCGAACUAGAGGACUGGAGUUUGAGUUUGUCUAACGACGAUCUAAGAGAACAGUGGAAGAAAAGUGAUGUGACUACUCCGGGGCAGAUAUCUAUAUCGACGUUGCCCAGUAUUCAGGAAAAUAAUGCGUUAGAGCUCGAAGAGGAUUCGAAUGAAUGUCUGUGGAAUAAUUCCAGCUACAUGAUGGACAAGGAAGGCAGGGAACUAGUGACUCUUCUGAUGGAUGGAAAAAAUGGCGAAAAACACUGGCCCUACGCCAUUUCACACAUUGCACAACAGCAACAAACUUCUCCUGAUAACAGUUGGUCGAGUGGAGCGUCUGAUUGUUGUAAUUCUCACGAACCUGAAACGUGUUCAAAGAGGUCUUCGGUGGCUAGUAGUGAUACGGGAGAAUUGCCCAAUAUAGGAACCGAUUUUACAAGGGAUUUUUAUAGGUUAGUGAAGUUUGAGAGCACUAAAAGUCUGGCCUCGACUUCGUCCAGAAGCUUGGGAGGAGCCUUAAGUGAAAACGGCGAUAACCGGGAAGCUACCUUACAAAAUGUCCUGACGUUCAUAGCUGAGCAACAGAAAUACGUCCAUUCCAGAGAACCUACGACGAGACCUUGCUCGGUAAACGAGUUGACCAAAGAAUUUAAUAUCGAAGCCCCACCACAACAUUUAGACGACAUUAAAAACAGCGACAGCGAUUACAGCAUACCCAAGAGCGAAUCAAAAUCCAGUGAUAACGAAAACUAUGUCACCUUGAAGCAGUUGUGCGAGGAGUAUUGUUUGAAGGAGAAAGAAAAGGAGGAGAGUAGUAAGUGCAGUGGAUUAAUAAAAGAAAAUAAAGAAUUCAUCGACGAAAACAUCAAGCACGCAAGCGAGGUCUGCUUAGUAACACCCAUCGACCAAGAAAGCGAAAACUGCUCCAACAUCAGCGAACACCCCGUAGAUAUAUGCAGCAGUGUCAGCGUGGAAAUAACUUCCAUCGAUUACCAAAGCUGCGUGCUUCAGGAAAGUGAUAAGGACAAAGAAAAAGGUGAUAGUGUAAUUAGCGACUUAACGAAAUCUAGUGAUACGACUAUUAGUGAUAUUUCUAUGAAUAAUUGUACUAGUGAAUCUUUGACUUCUAGUGUUAGUACGCCCGAUACGGUAGUUUCGAAGAUACCGCGAAGGAAGACGGCGUCCAGGAUUCCAGUUAGUCCUGCGAGGGUGAUAGCCGUUAAUAACAAUAAUAAGGAGAAUGUUAAGGAGACGAAGAUACCAAAGAGCAAAAUACCACAUAAGAGCAACAAACCAAAACAAAAGAAAAUAGUGCACGUGCAGCAAAACAACUCGCCGCAGCACAUAGUAACGUCGGAGAAACUACCUCAAAGCACGUCUGGCGUUCUGAGCCACAUAAUCGAAGGACCACCUCAUCGAGCAGUUAGUUUUCACGAACGAGCGACCUCUAAGGAUGUCAUCGACGAAUUGAACAGGAUGAUCAAGAGCGGAGAUGAAGUCAGUGUUAGCCAGGAGAACAGCGAAGGAACGAACAGUAAACUGGAUCAAGCGUGUAGACCUACGGGAUGGGUACAUGUUGAAAAGGAUAUUGACUUGGCUGAUCCGAAGGCAAGAGCCAAUCUGUUAGACGUGAUGAUGGCGUCAGUGUCGAGUGAUUCUUCUCCGACGUCUUCGUGUGGAGGUAGCGUGGCUAGUGAUUCGACGGAAGACCCUCCGGAUUAUGGACAUCUUCAUAGAAUACACAAAUAUCAUCGCCAGAAAAAAGCCAACGCCGCCAGGCCCGAACUGGCCGUCGUCAGGGCCGGACUGCCCCUCAACCGACCCACGAUCAUCGGCAGGCCCGACUUCUACGUGCGCUACGGCUCCAAGGAAAAGGAGGCCGUGGCCUCUUUCGACUUCCUGGACGAGUUGAGCACCACCAGCAGCUCGUUGAGCUGUUCAGUCGAAGAGACUCUAGACGAAGACGUCGACGAGGCUGCGCCAAAUGAAGAGUGCGUGAUCCAGUGUAAAAAUAGCGAGGUUUAGAUAUUUACAUUGAGUUUUGGAGAACUGUACCUUUCUUUCCAAUAAAUCAAUCAAUAUUUGAUUUAUUAUUUCAUUUUUAUUUAAUUUUAUAUUAUUUUUUUUAUUUCAAAUUUUACAAUAGAUCAGAUUUUUUGACUAUAUAUUAUUUUUGAAAUAAACACGUUAGUUUUAUUCUGUGUACUCGAAAUUUUGAUAAUACUGAAGGUGUAAUGUAUUUCGAUAAUAAAGACAAAGGACAAAUUAGAGCUAAAUAAUAAAUGGGAACAAUCUUCUUCUUCUUGUUGUGCAAAUGUCUCCUUUAGUGGAGGUUAGAGACUACAUUGGCAAAUCUGUCUAUGUCCAAUGCGGCUCUAAACAAAGAUGUUGAAUCAAGGCAGGUCCAGUCUCUGAUAUUUCUAAGCCAUGAAAUCUGGCGCCUACCGGGACCCCGUUUUUCUUCAAUCCUACCCUGGAUGAUCAGUUGCACGAGGCGGUACUUUUCGUUUCUCAAUAUGUGUCCCAGGGUAGCUAACUUUUCUAACUUUGAUGAAAUUUAACAGCUCUCUAUCUGUACCUAUUCUCCUCAGGUCAUGUUCGUUAUUGGUGUAGGUUGUCCAAGGUAUUUUCAAGAUUCUGAGUCCAAAGUCUUCUAACUUAUUCAUCAGCCUUAUGUUGAGUGUCAAGGUCUCUGUUCCAUACAAAAGUAUUGACCAUACAUAGCAAUGCAGAAAACGACAUCUAAGGCUGAUAUUAAUCCUACUGUUACAAAAUAAGCUUUUCAUUUUGAUAAAGUCUUGUCGGACUACCUCUAUUCUCGCUCUUACUUCUUGUUUACAAUCAAGUUGAUUGUUGAACCAGCAACCAAGAUAUUUGUAUUGGUUUCCAUAUUUAAGCUGUUGGUGGUUCACAUAUAUUGGAAGGGGCAAAUUUUUGUUCCUUGACAUUUUCAUAACUUUGGUUUUCGCAGUAUUGAUCUUCAUCCCCUUUCACAACUCUCAGUAACCCUAUUUAACAGUAUCUGGAGACUAUAUGGUCCAAAUCAGUCAUUAUUAAAGCAGUGUCAUCUGCAUAUCGGAUGUUAUUUGCUUUUUGACCGUUUAUCCUGAUUCCUUCUGAAGAGUGCGAUAAAGCGUUCGCAAAUAUUCCCUCAGAGUAGACGUUAAACAGUAUCGGUGAUAGCACGCAACCCUGUCAGACACCUCGCUGUAUUUCAAUUGGCCUUGACGUAUGUUAUCUCAUACUAAGUGAAAAUAAAUACAAAAAUUUGCAGAAAAGAAGCUACAGUUCUCUAAAACUUCCUAUUUAUUAAAUUUGUACUUUAUCGAACGAACUGAUAAUAGAAUUAUUACUAUAUGAAAGUGUUUGAUAACAUACUGAAUUAAAAUUUUGUUUCAUUUGCAAACGCUUGCCAAAAUCAAUCUCAUAUAUUAUAUAUGUGUACAUAAUAUCGUUUACUGUAUUAAAUACUUGAAGUAUACUCGUUUUAUUUCCUGUACUGAAUGUAAAUUUUUAUGAGUGUAGUAUUACUUAUUUAUUAUUAUUUUUUACUAUGUAAAAUCAACGUAUGAAAUUGAAAAUGCAGAAGAUAUCUAUUUUGGUAUCAUUAUCUCUUUUGCGUCAAAUUAUCUUUAUUUGCAUCAUUCAUUGGUUAUCUAUUUAGCGUAUUCUAAACUUCAAUCAAUUAUACAUCCAUAAGUCAUCAUCAUCAUUGGCUCUACAACUCAUGGUGGAUCUUGACCUGUUCUAGAAUUAGCUUCCAUUCCUUCCUAUUCUUUGCCUUGGUUUUCCAGUUUCGAAAUCUAUGAGUAGAAGUCUUUAAUAUGCAACUACCCGUCAACAACAUGUAUAAUUUUCAAAGUUCUAUGUAUCACGGACCUACCUUUUUCAUGUCACUUCCAACUUAAUGCGUUAGAGAGAAUUCGAUAAACUAUGACGCACUGAAGGAAGGAUUUGGUUUGAACUAUACGUCAGCUUCAUAAACAUUAUAACAAUGCACUAUUUUUUUACAAACUUUUCCCGAAAAUUAUACUGUUACAUAUUUAUUUAAAAAUAUAUAUUUUCUGUGUUCGUUAAGAGGAAAAUUACUAAUAGUCCACAAUACAUCGUCCUUUUUGGAAGAUGAUUACAAAAAUCUUAGUGUCUUAACUGCUUCGUUUGAGCGAGUCUACCACUUUCUGAAAAAUUUUAGAGUGCAGGUUGGACGCGUUUUGGCGUCCCGCGUCAUUAACAUAUUUACUUUGCCCGACUAACGAAACGCGGCUGUAAAUUUGUCGGACAAGAAAGCCACAAUAUUUAUUAAUUAAAUAUAAGUACAGUUGAACCUCGUUAACUCGGAUUAAUCGGGACCGCGGCCGAUCCGAGUUAUCGAAAAAAAUCCGGGUUAGCCAGAGAAAAUGGUAAAAAUUAAUAAAAUACGGUAUACUUACAGAUAUACUCCGUUAUAAUUGAAAUAACAUGAAAUAUAUGCACAGUACACAUCUAAAUUACGUAUCAAUUACGCCUUUAUCAGUUCUACCUAAUGCUUCUAGUUUCUUUUCAAUUGUCACUACUACAUUUUUACGUUUUUUUUUUCCAUUACGUAGACAAAAAACACGCAAACACACAAAAUCUGAAUAGAUUUACGAACGAUUACAGAACAGAAGCGAACAAUACGACUGUACUACACACAAUACGGUCUCAAUCGCAACGAUGUUAUGUUAUUUAAUAACAGUGAAGACUAAGACCAUUGUUUAAAAAAUAAUUUUUUUAAUAGUCUUUUAGUCUUUUUUAAACAAUGCUAAGACAGUUUGAAAUAAAUAAAGGAUACUAUAGGUGCCUGCUGUUUCCGAUAACAUGAAGUGUCGUGUGCCAUUUUCAGUCAGUUUUACAGCCAUAUCUCUCAAAUAUUAUAUUAUAUACAUUUUUAUUGUUGAAAUGUUUGUCUGAUAUAAAUCGGUCCGGGUCAGCCGGACUUCAGGAAUAUCGGGGGCCGACUUAUCGGGGUUCCACUGUACCUACUUUAAAUUGAAAAUUAAGAGUUUUGUAAUAACAAUACUACCCAGUUAGAGUGACAUCUUACGGGUGUCGGACUCUACGAUUUUGUUAUUAUAAAACUGUUAGUUUUCAAUGUAAGAUUUAUAUUUAAUUAAUAAAGAUUGUCGAUCUCUUGUCCGACGAAUUUACAGCCGCGUUUCGUUAGUCCGACAACGUAAAUAUGUUAAUGACACGGAACGCGGAAACGCGUCCAACCUGCACUCUAAAAUAUUUCAGAAAAUGGUAGACUCGCUCAAACGAAGCAGUUAAGACCAUUUUUAAGACUUUUGUAAUCAAUUAUUUUCCAAAAAAGGACGAUGUAUUGUGGACUAUAAUUUCAUACGUUGAUUAAAUCGAUACAAAUACGCCCAAUGUUAUUACCGUCAAGAUCCUAAGGGAUCUAAGAAAAGCGUCCUCUCCUACAGGGUGUUCAAGAGACAAAGAUGACGCCUCUAGAACGUUUUUUUCAUCUGCAACUUGAAUAUAUUUAUUCAUAUAUAGGUAUACGUUAAAUGUAUCUCCUAAUAAAUGUACUUACUAAAUAUUACUAACUUAAAAACACAAAGAUGUACAUUUCUUAUUGAAAAUUUAAGUUUAUUUAAUAAAUAUAUCAAACAUACAAA